UGAAUCUCCGGUAGGUACACACACUCAGAGAACAUCAGCGCAGAGUUAAGGAUUAUAUUGCCUAAUGUUGGAUUGUUGCCAUUGAUGCGCUAACUAAUCAACAUUACAAGUUAUACAAUAAAUUAUACUCUGAAAGAACUAAGUGAUUCUCGAGGAAGGGGGUCAGUCUGUGUGAAUCUAGGAGCGGACCCGACGUUUUCCCAGAGAAGAUAACGAUGUCUGGCUCUUAUUGCAAAAGUUUAUACUCCUUCAGCGGGGACCAACAUCAGCAGGGUUUGACUUUCGAAGUGGGAGAAAUCAUAAGGAUAGUUCAUCCGUUGCCUGGCGGCUGGUGGGAAGGAGAGCUGGAUGGAGUCAGGGGAUGGUUCCCAUCAAGUUAUGUACAAGUCUUAGAGAAAACUGCGUCUAUGACCUCACUGCCGGUUGAGGACGUAGGAGAGCCUCUCCCUCAACACUGGAAGUGCUACAUGUCACCACAGGGGCGACGCUACUAUGUCAACACCUCCAGCAACGAGACAACAUGGGAGAGACCUUCCAGGGUACCUGGGACCCCCAACAGCCCUCUGAAACACACCUCACUACCUACAGUGAAUGGGUUUCGCUCCAGUGGUAGUCCGUUGCAUCAGAAUGAACAUUCCCAUAUCAGAAGUUUUGACGGAGCAUCCUGUCUCUCUCAUCAGAGUCCAUGUCCUACAUCACCCACCAGGUGGCAGAGUAAAGAAACUACCAUCACAAUUAACUGUGUAACGUUCCCCCUCCCCAUGAGUACACCUGAACAGCAGCUGUUGAAGCCAGAUGAGUGGAGCUACUGUGAUUACUUCUGGACGGAUAAGAAGGACCCUCAGGGGACAAGCUGUAUCUCAGGGUUUGAGGUCUUACUGCAGAAACAGCUGAAGGGGAAGCAAAUGCAGAAAGAGAUGGCUGAGUUUAUACGAGAAAGGAUAAAGAUUGAGGAGGAAUAUGCCAAGAACCUCGCCAAGCUGUCGCAGAUUCCCCUCGCGGGACAGGAAGAAGGUACUCUUGGGGAAGCCUGGGCUCAGCUAAAGAAGAGUCUGGCUGACGAGGCCGAGGUUCACCUCAAGUUCUCCUCUAAGCUCCAGAGCGAGGUGGAGAAGCCUCUGUUGACGGUCAGAGAGAACUUUAAGAAGGACAUGAAGAGGUUCAAUUAUCACAUCGCAGAACUACGGAAACAGCUGGUUGGACGACACUCAGCCGUGGAGAAGGCCCGUAAGGCUCUAGCGGACAGACAGAAGGACUUGGACGUGAAGACCCAACAGCUGGAGAUCAAACUAAGCAACAAGAUGGAAGAAGACAUCAAGAAGGCUCAGCGGAAAUCCACACAAGCAGGAGACGACCUGAUGCGCUGUGUGGACCUUUACAACCAGUCGCAGUCCAAAUGGUUUGAGGAGAUGGUGACCACAAGCCUGGAGCUGGAGAGGCUGGAGGUAGAGAGGGUGGAGAUGAUACGACAGCAUCUGUGUCAGUACACCACCUUACGGCAUGAGACUGACAUGUUUAACCAGAGUACGAUGGAGCCAGUGGACCAGCUGCUACAGAGUGUGGACCCAGCUAGAGACAGAGAGCUCUGGGUCCAGGAGCAGAAGACAGGAGACAUCAGGCCUGUGGACAUUGAGAUAUAACACACCUCGUUCCCAGGGGUCACACACAUGUGGAUCCACAAGCCUGGAUCUUUACGGGGGCUUCAAUGUCAUCUUUGAGAUAUUAUAGACAUCCUGAGAAAUCUGGAUGACUCGCUCCACAGACAAAAGUCUGCUCUUUAGAGAGCGAGCACCACCACCAGACAGUGUUCAUU